CCGGAAGUGAUAGUGGGUAUUCGCCAAAGCUACUUAGCACAUAUGGAACGCCGCUUGAUGAACUGUGUAUUCCGUCUAUGUUUUGUCAGCUAAAGUGUGUUUUAUGAGCUCAACUAUCAGCCCUGUUAUAGACACGUGAUCAAUGAAGGCUUUGGUCAGCAAUGGCUGUUGUGUCAUGGAAGGAGAUUUUACUUUUGAGUGGACUGGUGGUGGGGUGUUACUGGAACAGCUUGUCAUGCGGGUUUGUGUUUGAUGAUGUCUCAGCAAUCCUUGACAACAAGGAUCUGCGCCCAUCAACCCCAAUCCGCAACCUUUUUCUCAAUGAUUUCUGGGGAACACCCAUGGCUGAGGAGCGCAGCCAUAAAUCUUACAGACCCCUGACAGUACUCACCUUUCGACUGAACUACCUCUUCAGUGAACUCAGUGCAGCUUCCUACCACCUGCUCAAUGUCAUUUUACAUGCUGUCGUAUGUGUGCUUUUCCUGCGAGUGUGCCGAUUGUUCCUGGACAAGACUUCCAGCUUGGUGGCAGCAUUACUGUUUGCUGUGCAUCCCAUUCACACUGAAGCUGUCACUGGUGUGGUUGGCAGAGCUGAACUUCUUUCAUCAAUCUUUCUUCUGGCUGCUUUCCUGGCGUAUACAAAGUCAACUGGACCAGACCAUUCCAUUGUUUGGCCUCCCAUUGCUCUGACAGUAGUUUUAGUGGCAGCAGCAACACUGUGUAAGGAACAGGGAAUCACGGUUGUUGGUGUCUGCUGUGUCUACGAGAUCUUUGUUGCACAGGGGUUUACAUUGCCCAUGCUAGUGGACACGAUAUGGCAAGUUCUGCAGGGUAAAGAUGGGUUUCCCUAUGCUGUCCUGCAAACUCUUCUGAAGCUCAUUGUUCUAGUGAUCAGCACCCUGCUGCUCGUUAUUAUCAGGGUCCAAGUCAUUCAGUCCCAGCUUCCUGUCUUCACAAGAUUUGAUAACCCUGCAGCAGUCAGCACUACACCCACCAGACAACUGACUUUCAACUACCUACUUCCUGUAAAUGCAUGGCUCCUGCUGAAUCCCUCAGAGCUCUGUUGUGACUGGACUAUGGGCACAAUCCCCCUGGUGGAGUCACUUGUAGAUCUGCGUAACCUGGCUACACUAGUAUUUUACAUCUUUCUUGGACUGCUUGCUUAUCACAGCCUGCGAUACAGACAGAGUUCUGCCAAGACAGUCAUCAUGGCCCUGUCUUUGAUUGUCCUGCCUUUUAUUCCAGCAUCCAACCUCUUCUUCCCUGUGGGGUUUGUUGUAGCAGAGAGAGUACUUUAUGUUCCCAGUAUGGGUUUUUGUGUUCUUGUUGCAAAUGGAUUCAAGAUAAUCUCACAUAAAGGACAAUUGAAGAAGAUUUCCUGGUUGAUGAUUGGAGUGCUGCUAACUACGCAUACAGUGAAAACUUUUCAUAGAAAUUGGGACUGGGAGUCAGAAUAUACUCUCUUUACAUCUGCCUUGAAGGUUAACAAGAACAAUGCCAAGUUGUGGAAUAAUGUUGGCCAUGCCUUAGAAAAUCAGAACAAUUAUGCAAAGGCUUUGCGGUAUUUUCUCCAGGCUACUCGAGUCCAACCAGACGAUAUUGGUGCUCACAUGAAUGUUGGAAGAACCUACAAGAACUUGAACAAGUCCAAAGAGGCAGAAGAGGCUUACUUGGUUGCCAAAUCCCUCAUGCCGCAGGUUAUUCCCGGUAAGAAGUAUGCGACGCGUGUUGCCCCAAACCAUCUCAAUGUUUACAUAAACCUAGCAAAUCUGAUCCGGGCCAAUGAUUCGCGGCUGGAGGAGGCUGAUCAGCUCUACCGGCAAGCAAUAAGCAUGAGACCAGACUUCAAACAAGCUUACAUCAGCAGAGGGGAACUGCUUCUCAAGAUGAACAAGCUCACAGAAGCCCGGGAUGCCUACCUCCGAGCCUUGGAGCUUGAUCGCACCAAUGCUGACCUGUGGUAUAACCUGGCCAUUGUCAACAUUGAGAUGAAAGACCCAUCUGAAGCCCUGAAGAACUUCAACCAUGCCCUGGAGCUCAACCCACGCCACAAGCUGGCACUCUUUAACUCAGCACUUCUCAUGCAGGAGUCUGGUGAGCCAAAGUUCUGGCCUGAAGCAAAUCGUCGUUUCCUCACCUAUGUGGAGGAGGAGCCUGACGAUGCCAAUGGCUAUUUCAAUCUUGGCAUGCUGGCCAUGGAUGCAAAUGAAAAUGCAGCAGCUGAGCGGUGGAUGCGCAAAGCCAUUGGUCUGCAGGCUGGCUUCCGCAGUGCUCUGUUUAACCUAGCUUUGCUUUACUCUCAAUCAAAACGUGAAGUCGACGCAUUACCUGUGUUGGAUGAGUUGCUACACCACCAUCCAGAGCACAUCAAGGGCCUAAUCCUUAAGGGCGACAUCCUCAUGAAUCACAAGAAGGACACCCGCGGUGCUAAGGCCUGUUUUGAGCGUAUUUUACGCAUGGACCCCACCAAUGUCCAAGGGAAGCACAACUUGUGCGUGGUCUACUUUGAGGAGCGCGACCUGCCAAGGGCCGAGCGAUGCCUGGAGGAAACGCUGGCCCUGGCACCAAAUGAGGAGUAUGUGCGUCGCCACUUGAGUAUUGUACGUAGUAAAAUGGCUGCCAUGAGUGCAGCAGGCCAACCACUGUCUUCAGCUAACACUGAGGGAGCAACCACAGAGGGGGUAGCUGCAUCAUCCAAGGAGGAAGUGCUGCAGAGUGUUAAGGAGGGCACGGAAGAGGCUGCUGCGGGUGGAGAGGAAGGGAGGGGUGUUGAUGCCGUUGGAAAGGAGGUUGGGGAUGAGAAGAAUGAGCGGAAAUCCUCUACAGAAAGUGUCAGAGGUGUGGGUGUGGACCAAUCAAAAUCUUUAGAUAAUAGCCAGUCUGAUAAGCGGACUAAGGGUAAGUCCACUAAGGACAUUAAAGAUAUAGAGAAAAAAAGAGCAGCUGCCUUGAAGAGACUAGAGGAGAUUGAGCGCAUAUUGAGUGGUGAUUGACAUUGUUGCGAUUUUUAGCUGGACUACUUUUCUGGAGCUCUUUAAUGCUCCAACUAAGACUUCUUCCCUUUAGCAAUGUGUAAUCAUAAUCAAUUAUCACUUUAUUUCUUUGAUUUAUCUGCUUUCACAGGCUACUCAGUAUUGUCUGCUGGUUUAACAUUAAUUAUUUAAGGAAGGGAAAUUUUGAUCUGCACAUGAAAUUCACAACAUUAACAGUAAAAUUGAGCACAAAGCAAACUUGGGAUGAUCUAUUUAAAGCUUAUGUAGAUGCCUAUGUGUGCAUAUGUGCUUUAUCUGAAUGUGAUCACAUAUCAUAGAUCGGUAGUAGUUGUUUGUUUUUUGUUUUUUCAUUUGUAAUCAUUGUUUAUCACUGGAUUUCUUUCUUUUCUUUUUUUUCUUUUUUUUUUGUCUCACCAAGAUGUGAGUCAUUGCGCUAUUGUUUUUAAAAACAGAAUGAUUGUAUCGUGGACAAUUAAAGGAAGUGACAUGUUCGUCAGAUUUCCUCAAAGCAGGAUUAUAUCUGCAGAGUUUGCCCCCUCAAAAUAAACCAUACAGUGAACAAAAUGACUCCACACUACACUGACAUCAGGCAUAUGUGUAUUCCAUUGCAGCCACAUUUGCUAAUCUUUAUUGAUCUCACUCAGUACUUCCUGCUACUGCAUCAUCAGCCUGUACUCCUUGCAGUCUUUACCUCAAAAUUUCAUUGUGAACCCAUCUAAAGAUAUUUCUCUUAUUCAUUUUGUCACAUUACCCAUCCCUCCUCCUUACAUCUCUACAGCUGGCUCCUAUGAUUCAGACACUAUGGCCCCAUUAGAGACGUUUUGGAUGGGGGGUUUUUUUGUUGUUGUUUUUUUCCCCUCCCUCUUUCCCGAUAAACUCCCAUAGACAUUGCUUUGACAUUGGCAAGACCCAUUUUAUAUGACUGUCAACAGUGACGCACGGUCAUCCUCAGCGUCAUGCGUUCUUCAUUUUCCAAAGGUCCUUUCACAUCACAAGAAAGGGGGAGGGGGGGAUUUUCAGAGCACAUUUGAAAGUCCAUCUGAAAAUGGAUCUCCCCACAAUACUUCUCUACAGUCAUGAUUUUUAUUUUAUUUUUUUAUCUUGCUGGGACUGAAACAUUAUUGGGGUGUUCCACACUUUCAAAUUUUGAUAAUAGACCUUGUAUUUGGAGGGGGGCGGGGGUUGUUUUUCCAGUAUUUACAUCUAUGUGAUCAGUUGGAUCAAAAAUGCCCCGAAGUAUCAACAAUAAAACUACCACUUGAUCUGCUGGUGAACAUGUACACAGUUUUGUUUUGUUUUUUGUUGUUUUUUAAGUGCACAGAUUUCUCCCUCUUGUUUCCUUGGCUCUUUUUUUGUUAUUACACCACUAUAAAACCCUGUGGCUGAUUGGCUACUGUUCAAGAGGUCUGAUGCUUAAAUCAGUAAUAGUGAGGAAGUGACAAGCUAGAAUACUACCUGGUACUGCAAAUUGUUACUGUCAGAGCCAUCUUCAGAAGCCAUGAUAGUCAUGAAGAGCCUAUUGACUACUGUUGUGAGUCGCCCGUGUACAAUUCAUUGCUCAAAGUAAGCAGAAGUUUAUUUUUCCUGUAAGAUGACAACUGUGUCUUCACAGCUCCCAACAUGAUGUGGUUUCCUCUACACAGUGCUGUAAUUUGUUUCAGCAAAGUGUUUUGCUUGGUACUUUUUUUUUUUUUUUUUUUUUUUUUAAUUUCAAAUUGGAGAUCUGAUUACUGUAGGUUAGGAGUAUUGUAGUGGUACUACAAAAUCUUGCUAUGCAUUGUGUGACCCUGAAAGUCUAUGUACAUACAUUUACAGGAUAUUGUAUCCAGUGUUAUUUAUUAUUUUGAUAUGCUCUAGAUGUUUUUGUUUACCAGUGGUAAUCGUUCCAUUUCAAGGUGCAUUAUUUAGUCUCUGCAAAUUUGUGUGUAUCGUCACGUUUUUUUGUUUUGUUUUUUUUAAAGUCCUGGAUUUCAGUAGAGUUCAUGUCAGUGUUAAACAAGUACGAAAUCAUUCAACUGGCUGUACAGUUAAACGAGUACAGUUUUGAACAAGGGUGCAUCCAGUUUGCCACAACUUCUGUUUCGCCUCAUCUUGCAUAAUUUUGUGUAAGAAUGUUUUGUUUUGUUUUGUUUGGGGUUUUUUUUUUAAUCUCUUGGUGGUGGGGGGUGUUGGUUAUUAAAUAAAGUGAGCUGAAAACUC